AUGUCUUGCACCGACGACAGCAAGAUCACCGUUAGCGUGGUCGUGCAUGGGUCGGCCGGCGACCCAGACGCCUCGUCGGUGACGUCGGCGCCGGCCGAGCUGGCCUCCUGCCUCUCGCUGACGGAGCCGACGGCGCCGGCGCUCGGCUCGCACGAGUCGCUGAUGCGCCGCUUCCAGCUGGCCGACACGCUGAUCGGCAGGAUUGCCGAGCAGCCGGAGAUCCGCGAGAGCCUGGUGACGAGGCUGCUGGACGUGGAGCUGUUCGUCAUGCAGCCCAUCUACCUCAGCCACCGGUUCCAGGAAUACAGCGGCGAGAAGCUGAUGGUGAUGGACCAGCACGGCAACCCGCUGCUGUUCGCCGUGGAGACGAACCGCUCUGCUGUGCGCCGCGGCUGCUGCUGCUGCUGUGCCGCCCACCGCCGGCCUCUCCAGAUGAUGCGGGCCUACCUCAGGGACGUGAUCCGUACACAGGAGGAGCACCAGGACGCGACAGACGCCGCCCCGUCGGAGCUGUUCUACGGUGUCAUCCGGCAGCGCUGGCACCCGACCCGCGCCGAGUUCGUCUGCAGCGGCAUCCGCGGUGGCGUGGUGCUGCGCGUGCGCGGCCCGCGCCGCGGCUGCUGCGCCACAAACGCCACCAGCAGCUUCCACAUCCUCAGCAUGUACGGGCGCGCGCGCCUGGGCAGCGUCGGGGCCCGCUGGAGGCCGCUCAACGUCGACGUGUUCCGCCGCAGCGACAACUACGGCGUGCAGUUCGACCGCGGCCUGCCGUCGCGCGCCAAGAUCACGCUUCUGGGCGCCGCCAUGCUGCUGGAUUUUCUGUACUUUAACGUGUAGCCGACGGGUGGGGCUGACUGUCGGCGGGGCUGUCCACCAACAGCGUCUCACCGGGAGGCUGUCUUCGAACGGCGUUAUUGGACCGGCUGGCCGGGCCGUGGAGCCGGUGGAACGAGGGUAGCCCACUAGCCGCUAGCGUCAUGGCACAUCAGGCCGUUUGCGACGUACUCGUCUUCGUACAAUGUUUUUUAUGUCCUCGGAUUUCAGCGA